GGAGAGGUAGUAGCAUUUGGGAGAGCUCACAACUGUGGAGCACUUCAGCCAAGCAAAUCGCUCGCGCGCGCGCACCCACACGUGCAUCCCUAAAGGCGGAACUGAAAUGCGAUGCACUUGAUGAAGCCGGCGUGCAGACUGAUCCUCGGGUUUCUGCACUUUUUGUAGAAAAAGCAGCUCGCGCGUGUGUCUCUGCUCAGCGACUUGCGGCAUGACAUGCAGAUAGAUCACAUCCUCAUCAGCACCGCCACCGUCAUCUUCCUCCUGUAGUGUGGUUUUAAUGGGGCUCCUAAGGAUCAUGAUGCCGCCCAAGUUUCAGCUCCUGGCGCUGGUGCUGUUCGCGCUGGCCAUGCUCUUCAUCGAGAACCAGAUCCGCAAACUGGAGGAGUCCCGAGCGAAGCUGGAGCGCACUAUGGCCAGGCUGGAGCUGCAUGAGGUUGAACAGAAGCAGAAUCAUAACGCAGUCCGCGAAUCCCCUGCGCUCGCAGACAGUGAUGAUUUGCUCAUCAUCUACAACCGUGUGCCCAAAACUGGCAGCACGUCCUUCACAAACAUCGCCUACGACCUUUGCGCCAAGAACCGCUACCACGUUCUGCAUAUCAAUACCACCAAGAACAAUCCAGUCAUGUCCCUGCAGGAUCAGGUGAGAUUUGUUCGGAAUGUGACCUCCUGGAAGGAGAUGAAACCGGGGUUUUACCAUGGACAUGUUGCAUACCUGGAUUUCACCAAAUUUAGCGUGAGAGCAAAGCCCAUCUAUAUUAAUGUGGUGCGUGACCCUAUCGAGCGCCUGGUGUCCUACUACUACUUCCUGCGCUUCGGGGACGACUACAGGCCCGGUCUGAGGCGGAGAAAGCAAGGAGACAAAAAGACGUUUGAUGAGUGUGUGGCAUCAGGGGGAUCUGACUGUGCCCCAGAGAAACUCUGGCUGCAGAUUCCUUUUUUCUGCGGCCAUUCCUCCGAGUGCUGGAACGUAGGCAGUCGCUGGGCUCUAGAGCAGGCCAAGUACAACCUAGUGAAUGAGUAUCUGCUGGUGGGAGUGACGGAGGAGCUGGAGGACUUUAUCAUGAUGCUGGAGGCAGCACUGCCCCGUUUCUUCAGAGGUGCCACUGAUCUCUACCGCACAGGUAAGAAAUCCCACCUAAGGAAGACAAGUGAGAAGAAGCCUCCGAUGAAAGAAUCCAUCUCCAAGCUGCAGCAGUCGGACGUGUGGAAGAUGGAGAACGAGUUUUACGAGUUCGCGCUCGAGCAGUUCCAGUUCGUCCGUGCUCAUGGUGUCCGAGAGAAGGACGGGGAGCUCGUUGUUCUGGCGCAGAACUACUUCUACGAGAAGAUCUACCCGAAAGUGAACUGAAACUGGAGUGAGAUCUCGUGACUUUUUAACCUUUGUAAUUUCCAUCUUCACCAUGGAGGAGGACAAGGAGAGUAGAACAUCUGGAGUGGACAUAGAUGUUGUCUGUGGAAAUACAAGAUGAUUCAUGACCUCCUCAGGCAUAGUACAGUGGAAUCUUACUGUAUAUAUGCUAUACAGUAGAUUACAUAUCACUCUUUAUUGUAGAGAUGAAGAAUAGUAAACUAAGCCGCGAGUGGCGGAAAUUUGUAGUCCAGGUACUUUGAUGUCCAGUGCUCUUCUUUCUCAGACCUUAUGGCAUCCUGGACAAAUUUAUCACAUGAUUUCAUUAUUAUUAUUUUUCUUUUAUAAUUCAUUUCUUUCCUGAAGAAGACAUAAUGGGUGCAUUAAAAGAGAAACACAACAGGGUGAAAAUGGGGCUACUUUUAUUUGAUUUGAUUUUUUUUGUACCUGCCAGUGGCACGUUAAAUGCACCUUCCAUUUUAUUAUUAAGUAUUCUCAACCUUUUCUUUUCUCCUUAGCAUUUUGUCCUUUUUUAUGAUAGAAUGCCAUGUAUGGUGUUUAGUGUGAGUAUUAUGCCCCAACAAAAGGUCAUGUAAAACUCAUACAUAAUGUACAUAUCAGCAUAUUUUACACAGUCGGACCAAAUGGCUUCAAAAGAACCCGCUAACCUUCAACUUUGUAGUGCUGAAAAAAAACAAUACUUGAAGUGUUGCGCUUCAGAAUCCCAAAUAUUCUUGUUCGUUUUUUAAAGUGUUUUUAAAGCAGGUGGACUACUGAAGAAAUUCAAGAAGUAACUUUUUUUUAGCAUCAGAGUGCAAGUAGUGAUGAGGGAGAGAAGAGGAAUGUAACUCUGCCUUCAGCUUGCACUGAGUUCCUGUAGCUCCUCAGAGGAACACUAGCUGAACACUGACUGGAGAGGAUUUUUCUGGUGACCUUGUGCUUGUUGGAAGCCCUCGAUCAUCCAGGAAAAUAACAAACAAGAAGACCUAAAUGUUUAGUCAGUGCUGUUUUUUUUGUUUGUUUUUUUUUUACUUUGUGUUUUUGCUACUGUAUCUGUAAAGACGAGCCGCUUUGACAGCCUGGAACAGAAUAUACUAAAAAAAAAAAGAUCUAAACUCUGUCGUUUCCCUGACUGUGACAUCACACACUCGGAUAGUAACUAGCUCCACGUUCGAUAGUGCCUUCAUAAGCAACCCGACAGCAUUCAUUCACUUAAUGGUCAAAAGCAUCACUCACUUUUUCUAGGCCAUGUGUUUUUCCGAUACCAGCUUUUUUUCUUUCUUUCCUUCCUUUUUUUUUUUUUUUUUGAGUUUAUGUUGUUCAAGUUUUCUUGGUGAAAAUUGUCUUUAAUGCAUUUUAAUAAAUUCUGAACUGUCAUUGA